GUACUGCCUUCCAAGGUUUCACCUUUAGGCGUGGGCGUGCCUCCUAUUAAUCAUUUACUUUCACUAUGUUUCAUUUUGUGUUACCUUAGCCUGCUUCGUCCCCUCCCCCGCAACCCCCCCAAAUCAUCGCGACUUGCCAGUCACGACAACUUGUUGCCUAAUUCCACGCAACCAACCAAUACCUACGACCUGCAUCUUAAUAUCAUAGAAGCAUCUAGUUGUCAAUCUUUCAAUCUUUGAGCCCUGCAAUGUUGUGAAUGUCUUUCUUCUUUUCCAUAGAGUCUGGGACUCAUAUUACUCCUAUAACUAGGUACUCUCCAGGCUCUCUCUAUUUCGCCAUCACUCAUUCUUCUCAUUCUUACUUUCUACUUCUCCAUCUGACAAUAGUUGGUCACCUUCACAAAACAUCAAUCAAGCUCUAAUUAGAUGUUGGAAAGCUGUUUACCAAUCUAGCACCUAUCCAAACUAAACUACAAUUAGCCUCAGGCAGCUAUUGUUGAUCAUUUGACCCACCCCCUCAGCUACUCUCUUUGGCAAUCGCCCUACCCUACCUGUACUUAUUCUGUGUGCACCCUGGUUUAGUCAAGUCUAAGUCUUUGUGCGUGGCUGCGCGUGGCUUGCCUUAAUCAAGAUGGAAGGCCUGGAGAUCUUCAUACCGGAUCUCCCCAUCGGAUUGACUGAUCAUAGUCUUCGAAAGCAGUUGGAUCCUUACAUCACCAAGACACUCGGGAUUAAAGAAUGGAGUUGCGAGAAGAACCGUGGGAAAAAAUUCGGGAAUAUUACUUUCCUCUAUCGAAUCCAUGGGGAGCAAUUCUUGGAGGCCUAUGGCAAUCAGCAUUCCCGUCGACGUGGCCCCCAGGCUCGCCUAGUCUUGCUUGGUAAAGAAGUUCAAUGCAGAAGGAGCAAUAGAAACCCAAAUCCCUAUCUGUUGAGAUCCCUGCUGAAGAUGGCUGAAGACGAGAACCUAUACGAAGACGAUGAGCAUGAACAACCAUUGAUCAAGAACAAAGAUGUCGCAUUCGAAAUUUACAGCUUUUCCUGCGGUCAUUAUGAAUAUCCAGACGGCACAUUUAGUCACGCCACAGAUAUUGCAUGGGAAACUAGAAGCACCAAAUCGGUGGCUAGAUUUGCUCGGGAUUCUCUUGUGAUCUCGUUGGAGGCUUACGUCUUCCCCCUUAGAGUGGAAAUCCCAUAUCGCGCCAUUUACGAGAUAAUAGAUUCCCAGAGGCCGACGUCCUUCACAAUGGCACUUUUUGAAGCACCUCGAAUCUACCACUUUGACCCUAAUGAUCCAGGUGCGUCCAAGAUUAGGCUGCCUCAGCUUAGCUCGGCACAUGCGGAAAUCUUAGGACAGUCUCUCGUCUAUCGUAUCCAAGUCUCCCCAGCCAGUUUUAACGCCAAGCUAGAAGAUCUAAAGAAAAAGGAGAAGCUUAAUUUCUCGCACUUUGACAUCCCAGAAUCCGUGAUAGGCAAAACCUACAUGGUUGAUGGAAUGAGGACGUUCCGGAAUCUGCUCAACGAAUACUAUGUUAAUUCCAUCAUUCCUUUUGAUGUUCUCUUUCAAUUCCAGGCUCUUGUUCAGAAUGGUUAUUUGCUGCCUCAGACGGUUGAAAUUGUGCUCAGACGUAUCCGCCAAGUGUCACAAACAUCACCCGCUAACGCAUCCCGCAAAACUCCUGGACAGAUAAACGGCCACAGUGGUGUUAAUAUCACACAGAGCAACGCACAUUUGGGCUGCCCUUUCUCUGCGGGGGCAGUAAAGAAGCUUUUCAAACAGACGCCUUUUCCUGGCCCGGAUAUUAGCGCAAGCAUAUUCAAUCCAGACAAUAUCUGGUCGCUCCUUGAGUCCAACGAGAAAGAAAUCCGUCAGGGUACCGCGGAAGAAUUGGUAUCUGAAAGAGUAGGUCGGAAUCUUAUCAUGGUUUAUAAGGUGCAGAUUACGCCCACCCGGAUUACUUUACUCGGACCUGAACCUGAGGCAAAGAACCGCAUACUUCGCAAGUUCCCCAAGCAUACCGGCUUCUUCGCACGCGUGCAGUUUUGUGAAGAAGAUGGGCAAGACGUAUUCUUCAACGCUCGGGUGUCACUCGUGCUUAUAUGGGCUCGAUUCAAACAAAUUCUCUUAAAAGGGGUUCAUAUCGCCGGCCGAGAAUACAUGUUCUUGGGAUUCUCACAUUCUUCGCUUCGGGCUCAUGGAGUAUGGUUCAUGGCCACAUUCGUCGACCAUAAUUCAGUCCUCCAGAUCUCUACCAAGGUGAUUAAAGAUCUUGGGAAAUUCAGCCAAAUCCAAUCACCAUCUAGGUGUGCCGCUCGGAUUGGUCAAGCCUUUUCUGAGACGCCAUUUGCCAUCGAUCUUCAUGAGCUCGGGGCGCAGGUACAAUAUAUCCCGGACGUCAAGUCUCGCGACGGAAGUCGAGUCUUCAGCGACGGCGUUGGUACAUUAUCGAGGUCUUUGAUGGAAGCUAUACAAGCUGCCCUACCAAAGAAUAGGGAUACCACCACGUGCUUCCAGAUAAGAUGGGGCGGUGCUAAGGGGAUGUUAUCUUUGGACGAUACCCUCCCAGGUAUGGUUAUGCGCAUUAGGAAAGAAAGCAUGGUCAAAUUCGAAAGCGAAGAUAUUCGUCUUCUAGAAAUCUGCGAUAUGGCAAAUAAGCCCAUCCCCCUUGUUCUCAAUCGACAGAUGAUCAAGAUUCUAGAGGACAUGGGCGUCUCGGGAGAAUGGUUUCUCGCCGCCCAGAACCGUGAGCUUCGAAGACUGCGUGAGAUUACCGCUCAAAUUCAAAACACGGUGGUAUUUCUCAAGAGGCAAAAAAUUGCAGAGCAGAUCAACUUUUCGAAGUUCAUUCGUCGCCUCUCUAGAUUGGAAAUCGAUUAUAGGAAGGAUGGCUUUCUCUGUUCCGCCGUGGAAACCGUCGUUCUGAGGGAGGUCCGUCUGCUCAAACAUAAGGCCAGGAUUCCGGUGGAAAAGGGCGUUACACUAUUUGGUAUCCUAGAUGAAUUCAAUUUCUUGACGGAGGACGAAGUCUACAUCACCUUUGAACACGAGAAACUAGCCGGAAACAGAAACUUUAACCUGCAUGAAAAAUUAGUGUUGGUAACCAGAUCGCCUGCUCUCCAUCCUGGCGAUAUCCAAGUAAGAAGAGCGGUGAUCCCUCCACCAGGCCACCCACUCCGUUCACUCUCCAAUUGUAUCGCCUUUAGCCAGCAAGGGAUGAGAGACCUCCCUAGCCAACUUAGCGGCGGAGACCUGGACGGUGAUAUCUAUAACAUCAUCUGGGAUAAGGAGGCGGUUGACUCGGCAAUCCGAGAGUUCGAGCCUGCUGAUUACCCGCUAGUUAAGCCCAAGAACAUUGGGCGUGAGGUCACUCCAGAAGAUAUGACGGAUUUCUUCGUCGAUUUUAUGGCUACCGACCAGUUAGGUGUAAUCGCUACAAAACAUAUGAUCCUCGCGGAUAUGAAGCCUGUCGGUACCUUCGACAAGGAAUGUCUGCUUCUUGCUGAGCUACACUCUAUUGGUGUAGACUAUAGCAAAUCGGGCAUUCCGAUCGACGUAAGCAAACUCCGGAAUUUGACACGAACGGAUUGCCGACCCGAAUUCUUGGCACCAGCUCCUCCUGCUCAUAUUAUCGGUCGAACCGAGGUUGAGUUUGAAACUCAAAGACCGCCUUCCAAUGAUGAGGAUGAUGACAGUGGUCCAAGACACAAAUACUAUAAGUCGGAAAAGAUUCUGGGGAAGCUGUUCCGAGCUAUCGAUGAGAAGAAGAUCUGGAAGCAAGACAUCCAUCAUAAAAUCAACCGUUAUGAAAAUUCGGUUUGGGAUCAAUUGAUCCGACAUAUCCUAAGCAAAUGUAGAGCACUACGGGGAGUUGAUUGGCAGGCAGCUCUAGACGAUGCCUAUCGCAUCCGAGAGGCUUACGAUGAUGCGAUCUGGAGUGCGACAAUGGACUACUCGGAUAACUUCACUCAAGGAUUAACGGAAUUAGAGGUCUUCACUGGUUGUAUUUUCAGCAAGUCGGGCAUUCAGACUCGACGCCAAAGAGAUAAAUCAAUUCGACUCAAGGACGAGUACGACCGAAUCGCGAAAUGGAUUGAGGGAUUGAUACGCAAGAAGGAGGUGCCAUUGCGGGAAGGUGAAGAUGCUGACGCAGAUGAAUUCAAUGAUCAGCCCACAGAUCAUGAUGCAAGUGGUCUGGGUUCCAGUCUCGGUCCAUCGGCGCUCGACUUGAGCAUCGCUUGCCUUCAUGUUAGCACUAAGCAGUCUGACAACACCGGCAGGAGCAAAAUCGACUUACAGAGCUUCAGGAUAGUUGCUGCUCAGUGCGCGUUAACGGAAUUGGAUCUCGCCCUUGCACGACAAGAAGCCGCUUUAGCAGCGGACAUGAUGGCAGCAAACUCGAGAUUUCCUCAUGCAGUCAAAGUCUCCGAGUCCUGAUAUCGAAUUGAUGAUGUGCAAUUUGGUCUAUUACGGAUUUUCGAUGGAUCGGAAGGGCGUCUAAGAAACGAUAAUGAUGCGUAUGAAUGAAUGAAUGAAUUUACGUUCGGUCGGCUAGCUAGGUGCCAGGUAGGCAUGGUAUGAUAUGGGCCUAGUUUGUCGUGUUUGCCUAAGAGGUACCUACCUAGGUAGGUACGGGUGUGAAGGGAUGGAUGAGAUAUCAAAUCGGUCAUUGACUCCAAGGUUUCUUAGCUAUUUGUCCCGGGUUACUUGAGAGUUAGUUGUUGAUCUAGACAGCACUAAUAUGAUGUAACGCGAGUUCAUUUUUAA